AUGGGUUUCUCGGCGAACUUCGUUGAUAUUAUUCGGCGAUGUGUUUCCUCGUGCCAGUUCUCUUUACUAAUCAACGGGGAGCUGACGGGGUAUUUCACUUCGUCUCUCUGUCUAAGGCAGGGAGAUCCGCUCUCGCCAACUCUUUUUGUACUUGCGGCUGAGUAUUUUUCGAGAGGUCUAGAUGCACUAUACAGCCGUUGCCUAAGCAUCCCUAUAUCCCAUUUGGCCUAUGCGGAUGAUGUGAUGAUAUUUACCUCGUGCCAUAAUAUUGGCCUGAAGAAGCUGCGGGAUUUUCUCGAUCAUUACUGUCGGACUUCGGGUCAGUUGAUUAGUGUGCACAAGAGCACUUUCACAGUUGAUAGAGCAUGUUCUGAUGGUCAUCUUCGCACUAUUUCUCGGAUUCUCAGUUAUCCGAGAAAGGAUCUUCCUAUCAUUUAUCUUGGAGCUCCGCUAUACAAAGGGAGGGACUGGGGCAGUUUGUUACAGACUUCGCUUGAUCGCAUGCGCGCAAGGAUUUCGGGUUGGGCUCGAACCGCUUUGGCUUUCGGGGGCCGUCUCGCCUUGAUCCGGAGUACGCUUUCGACUAUGGCUUUGCAUCUUGUUCAGGUUAUUCAACCUCCGCAGUACAUUAUUCAGCAGAUUGAGCAGUGCAUGGCUCGAUUUCUCUGGGAUCUUAUGGUAAUCAGCGCCGGCCUCAGUGGGUUGCUUGGGAGACGAUUUGUCGGCCAGUUGGAUUCUCUUUGGGCCCGUUUUCUCCGAAACAAGUAUUGCCGGAAUUGGUUCCCAGGUUCAUCCGUUGUGUCUUCACUCUAUAGCACGGUGUGGAAGCGCAUGUGCCGUGUUCGAGAGCGUGUUCAAGCUCAAAUAUUUUGGCCGAUUGGUCCAGGUCAUCUUUAUUUCUGGCAUGACCACUGGUUUGGCGAUGGUCCCCUUUCGGGCAUUAUUGAUGGUGGUCGGCUAACGUCAGUUCGAUAG